UUAAUCCUAGUCCCACUAGAAGCUUAACUUCUAUGGACUCCUGUUCAGUACUUACUUUGGGCUUUUCAAGAGAUAAAGAUAAACUCUCUAAGAGCUUUGUCCUUAUUUUGGCUAAAACUUCUCUUUACUCUAGAACUCUUGUCCCUUAUCUUUUAUCGACUUAUCUCGGAUUCCGAUAUCUUCAGAGAUAACCUCGGCGUCACGACUAGGACACGUGACACCUCGGCUGACACGUCGGCGUCACCUUGCCACGUGUUGGUACUCAGAAAAUAUAUCCCCACAGAAAGAGAGACACAAACCAAGAAAAGGCAAGAGCCCUCUGUUGCCUCCUUGCCUAAAGCAAAUCUCAAUAAGUGGGACAUUCCCCUCAGUCGAAUACUACUCAGAAUCACCAGACCAACUCUAUCAGUUACUUUUCCUUAUUAUCUAUUUAUUAUGCCCCCCUCUUCUUGCAACCUGAUCCCAUCUGUGCUUAUUAUUAUUUUUCCCUUUUGCAUAGAAAGAGUAGAAGAAUACUCAUCUCCACCACUGCGGAUGAUGAGGAGAUCCCUACCAACUCUCCUAAAACCACCAAUCAAACUCACAUCCCUUCAUCCAACAACGAGCCUAACAUAUCAACACCAAAUCAACCUACUUCACCUUCUCAUUUUGAACCACCCCCCAUUGAUUUCAGGGAUGUUACCUUUGGAGCCUUUCUAAUGAAAGCCCUAUAUCCUGGAGAAACAGUGCCUAUUAACUUCCUGUCAGUGUUCUCCCCUCAUCCAUCAACAUCUAACUCCACUAAUUCUCAAACCUCCAUCAUGCAACAAGAGAGGAUUGACCCUGACCCAUCUACAAAUGGUCAAUCACCUCCUUCCAGUCGACAAACUUCCCCAAAAGAACAAACCACUGAGUCUCCUCCACCUGAACUUCAAACCACUCAUGGGACAGAAACACUCAUUGAACCACCCUCAUCGACCAAUGAGCUAGACACAAACCCCAAAGUUGUAGACACAGAAGCAACCUCAACCCAAGAUGCUGGAGACACCAUUAGCUCCUCUACACAUGAGUCUCUCACUCCAGCCAAUCUUGAGCCAACUCAGACUUCCACAAUUGAGCAAAUCCUACCCCUAGGACUCGGGUAGCAAAAAUCUGGUUUGGGUGCACAAUCGACAGUCAACAAGCAAAUCAAGUUUCACAAACAAACAAGAAGAUCAAGCAAUGUGGUUGUGUGUCUUAAUGCCUCGAUAGAUUCAAGGACUUCUUUGGAGGUUUACUUCCUAAAGAAACAAAGUAGAAUAUAACAAGAAAUUGAUUGAUAAUGAUAACACUUGUCACUCAACCAUCAAGAUCAAAUUACAAGUCAAUAAUCAUUACAAUCGAUAGAGAUUUUCAAGGACUAAAAUGCUACUGCUAACUACAAGAACUGCUAAUGUUACUGCUAACUACAAGAAUUGCUACUCCUAAAACACAUUGAACUACUCCUAGAUUUCUCACGUUGAGAGUUGAUUUUUUCUGCCCUCUAUCCUUUGAAAUCUCAGCCUUUAUUCCACUUGCCCUAGUACUCAUUUUGCUGACACGUGUCCCACUAUGGAGCAAGUUUUUUUCCACUUCUUGCAUAACUGCCCAUGAUCUACACAACCACUUGUAACUACUUCUGUUGGAGCCUUCUCUUUCUCUUCAGUCUGUGCUAACAAACCACGUGUCUUGUAUUAAAACAUUCCUAACCUCACGGAUCCACUCCUAGGCCACAUUUAGUCAUGUCCCAUUGCACUACCAGAUGAAUCGACAGAAGAAAAUGCCUCUGCCACCUUUGUUUCUUUAACUGUUUCACUCGUCACUUGUGUUGCAUUCUGGGCCCACAUCAUAUUACCAAACUUGUGGAUUUUACUCCUGCUAUUCACU